UCCUAGUCCUCCAAACUCACCGGUAAAAGAAACUUUCUGCUUGCUCUCCGCCUUUUUGUUGUUAGGCUACCUUUUAACGAUUCGCCACCAUGAGUUUGGUGCAGCUGUUGGACGACUCGUAUGACUCCACAACGGAUGACGACGACUUUUCGCCUCCUGAGAACGCAUUGCAAGAUAUGUCCUCCAGUGAAGAUCUACAAAGUGAUGAUACUACCAAGUAUCUCCCAUCACCAAUAAGCACCAAAAAGCGGAGAAAGCGGCGUGCAUCAUCAUUGGAAAUUCACGCAUAUCCUAAGAAGAGGCUAAAGUCAUCACCCAGUGAGCGGUUCACCAAUGGUACCGCGUUUGAUCUGUGUGGUCAAUUUAGCGAUUCCGAGGAAGAGGGGGAUGGAGAUUUUCUGCCAGGCGAUGAUGAGAUGGAUAGCGACAAUGGAAACAGUGACGAUGACGAAAGCGACACACUGGACGAUGACGAAGAUACCCAGUCGGACUCUACAUUUCCCACAUUAAAAAUGACUAAUCACUCCCCGCAUUACAAUGAACAACGGUCCCUUCGGUCAGCCAACCUCGACAUUCCAGUUUUUACCUCAGAUUUUGACGCAUUUGCAAUAUCCCGAAUGAAAGCUCACCAGGAGGCUCAGGAGACUCUGUCAAGUACCGUCGUGGACACCACGGAGAAAGCGAAAGCCCACGCAUCCGUGAAAGAUAAAUAUGACAAAAGCAAGAAGACCCUAACACGGAUAGAAGCACAGGUUGAAGCAUCUAGACAGAAAUUAUGGGGUGUCAAAGGUGGCCUGGCCGAUGUUUUCAAGGGCGUCUAUGAGGGAGUUGUUAAAAGAAUGAUUGCACGAGCUGCUGUCGACAAGUCUGGAAUGGUAGAAUGGGAUCACCGCGAUGGAAGGACAUUGGCAAGCUCCCAAGUCUCUCACUUUGUGCGGGUCCUCGCAAAGGAAAUUCGAGAAGCAAGGUGUUGAAUAGAUUCAAAACAUCGCUUGCGCAGGUGUG